AUAAUCGGCCUUUGCAGCAACAAACCUUACCUGUGUUUUUUAACACUCUGAUUCACUGUAGACUUUUAUGCACUUUUUAUUCAGGUUUAUUAGUCACGGUGAAUUUGUUUGUGUUCGCAAAUUUCCGGGUGUUUGGCAGUAGAGAGCAACAUGGAGGCAGAGACGGCUGUAUCCGAGGAAUCCAUCCGUGAGUCUCAGACUAUGUGUGCUGGUGAACGGGAGUAUGUUCAGGAGAGGAAAAAAAUUGUUCUGGCGUCUCUCAAUGGACUGGGAGCCAAACGUACUGAAGACUCUGUUCCCAACAUCGCUCUGCUGGGUUCAGGUGGGGGUCAGAGGGCCGCCGUGGGUAUGAUGGGUUCCCUCUAUCAGAUGGAAAAAGAAGGUCUGUUGGACUUGAUGCUCUACCUGGGAGGAGUUUCUGGGUCAACAUGGGCCAUGGCCUUUCUGUACAGUGACCCAGAAUGGAGCAAGGACAUGGACAAGAAUGUGUCCAGGCUGACGAAUUCAAAGGUGGAUCGUAAGAAGGUCCUGUCCUGGCUGGUCAAGAGAGCGACUGACGAGGAUUUCUCCCUCACUGAUAUCUGGGGGGCGUUGACCUCUGCUGGGAUCAUGAAACAGAUGGACCUGCGAAAUCUUUCUGAAGAGGCCAACAGAAAUGCAACCAACCCCUAUCCCGUCUACAGUGCCAUCGAGAAGUUCUUUUUUACAGAGGGGCCAGUGGAAGGGAAGUGGUUUGAGAUGACUCCUCAUGAGGCCGGUUUAACAGAGUUGGGUCUCUUCAUUGAAACUUCUCUUCUGGGCAGCAAGUUUCAGAAUGGAGAGCUGGUGGAGAGGAUACCUGAGAUGGACAUGGUCAAACUACAAGGUAUCCUGGGUUCUGCGUUGGCUUGUGAAGAAAAGAACGCAGAGUACAUCAUAGACUGGCUUUACGACAUCAUCUUCAGCCAUCCGAGUGCUCUACCUGAUCUGGACGAGCUUCAAAAACUUAUCACAGACACUGACAAGGAUCACCAAGAAGAACAUCCAAGCCAUGAGUCAAAGAGUACGGAAGGGAAGCAAAGUAUUUCCCAGAGGUGGAGUCAGAAGCUGGUGUCCGUGGUAGAGAACUUGGUCAAAGGAAUGCCGGAGGGACCUUUGAAGAAUAUGUUCACUUUUAUAGUGAGGCGCAUCCAUCGUCUGAUUCAUAAGUGGGAGUGGGGAACCACCAACAACUAUCUCUACAAAUACGAAAGUAAGAAGACACCCUCCAAAGAUGACAGCAUUCCAGAAAACCUUAAAUCCAUGACGGAUAUCCACCUGGUGGACGCAGGGCUGCUGAUGAACGUCCCCUAUCCGUCAUUUCUGGGAGACAAGAGAGACAUUGACCUCUUCAUCGCUCCAGAUUUCAGCGCAGGGGAGCUGUUUGAGACCCUUACUUUGGCCAGAGAUUAUGCAGCCCUGCUGAAGAAGCCUUUUCCAGAGAUAGACGAGAAAACCGCAGAGGAGAAAGCGUAUCCGAAGGACUUCUACGUGUUUGAAGGGAAAGGGAAGGAGCCCACCAUCGUUUACCUGCCACUCUUCAACAAUAGAAACUGCAAAGAUGCAGAGGAGAUCAAAGAGAGGAUGGCGAAGUUCUCCACCUUCCAUGGUCCCUACAGCAAGGAGGGCACUAAUACUUUGUUGAGAACGGCAAAAGCAAACAUCAAGAACAACAAAAAGAAUCUGCUGAGGGAGAUCAACAAGGCUGCUCUUCGCAGACAAAACAGGGAGAAAUGAGUGAUUUUGUUUUUGUAUGAAAAGACAAAAAAGUGACUAAACAGAUAUCAAACAUGUCAUAUCCUUCUUUUCUUUUGCAGGAAGUCAGUGCUGCAAAAAAUCUCUGAUUCCUGUCUUUUUGGUUUGGUGUGAUCCAGAAUCUGCAGUUUCAUUCUGGUGGCAGGUCUUCACUUUCUAUGAAUGCAUGCUCUUAGAGUAGAUGAUAAUGAUGGUGACGGUGAUGGAUGAUGAUAUUCAGGUUAAACAGGAAUGUGGAUGAUGAUUAGUUUUUGUUGCUGAAGCAGUCUGGGAUUGUCAUUAAUGGAGUUCCUUUCUGUCUAGAUCCUUGCUUGUUUUGAUCUUACUCUCAGAGGAAAUUUUAACACUUUAAGUACACAACCAUUUAAUGCCAUCAUGCAAGCUGAGAUGAUGUAUUGCUCUUGGACAUACACAAUAAAUAAAGAUGUGUUCAAUGUG